AUGCGAGAAUGCCCAAAGUGUAAAUCCAAAGAGUAUAGUAGUCGAGCGAUGUUGAUGAUGAUUAAUGUGUGUGGUCAUCCAAUAUGCAGGAACUGUGUAGAUAACCUGUUUGCACGGAAUAGUGGUCCUUGUCCACAAUGUGGCAAAAUAUUGUGGAAGAAGGGAUUUUGGCCUCAAGUUUUUGAGGAUCCUGUAAUAGAAAAAGAAAACUAUAUCCGCAAGAAGUUAAAAAAAGUUUUUAAUUUAAAGCGAUCUGAUUUCACUGAUUUGAAUGAGUUUAAUAAUUACUUGGAACGUCUAGAAGCUAUUAUAUUGAAUUUAACUCACAACAUGGAUACUGAAGAAACUGAAGCGGAAAUCGAUCGUUUCAAAGAGGAAAAUGUUACUAUUAUCAAAAGAAACAAACGCAAGCUGGAUGAUGAUCAGAUGUGGGUUCGGCAAUUAUUGCAGGAAGAGCAAAGACUGAAAAUACAUGAUGUAAACGGUGCUCAAGAUGAAAAUUUGAUGGAAAGUUCAACAAAUGUUAGCAAAGCUAAGGCAAUUAUCGAUGAACUUCGGCAGUCUGAUUUACCAGCCGAACUAAUUCUAGAUCGACAAAGAAAACAACAGAUUGAAGUAGAACUUGCUGAAAAAGAGGAAGCUGCAAGACGUAAGAAGUCAAGAAUAGAUUCUUAUCUAAAACGUUGUGAUACAACAUCAUUCGCACCAGUGCGUAUCAGUGGCGCUCCUUUUGAGUAUCACGAACUAGAGCUUCCCUUCAACGGGCCGUCUCUCCCGAAAAUUGAAGAUUUAUCAAGAACUGGAUAUCUUCAACAUGUUCUCCAAAUCAGCAGCACUCGGUUUGCUGGUGGAUUCACCUCGGAAACCUGCUGCUUUCGUGCUUUGUUUGAUUCGAGGAUCGACUUAUUUUUAUUGUGA